CAUGCCUCGGAGUAAUUGAGGGUCCCAAUCGUUCUAUAGCAGAGGAGCUCACACUUUCAUCUCCGCCGAUUGGAAUUUCAAGUGCAAUUGAAAAGGGUAAACUCUAUAGCAUAAGAUAUUUUGUAAUCAAGAGUUUGAACCAUGAAAAUAUCCAAUUAUCAGUAAACAGAGGGAUUUGGGCUACGCAAGCCAUGAAUGAGGCCAUUUUGGAUGAAGCAUUUCAUAAUUCCAGCAAGGUUAUACUAAUAUUCAGUGUCAACAUGAGUGGGUAUUUCCAAGGGUACGCCCAAAUGAUUUCUUCAGUCGGUUUGAGAAGAGACCAAGUUUGGAGUCAAGGAAAUGGUGGUCGUAAUCCUUGGGGUCGAAGCUUUGAAGUGAAUUGGCUGCGAUUGUAUGAUCUGCCUUUCCAAAGAACUCUUCACCUUAAGAAUCCAUGGAAUCAAUACAAACCAGUCAAAAUUAGUAGAGAUUGUCAGGAGUUACCUCCAGAUAUUGGUGAAGCUUUAUGUGAGCUCCUUGAUGGACAGGAUGCUUUGGAUGUUGAUUUGAAAAUGGAUAUCUUUGCAAGGAAUGAUCUCUCUUCUAAAAGGCCAUAUGUAGAGCCUUCACUGCUUCUUGGAUAUCAAGACUGUAAUGCAUCUCUGAUACCUAAUGGGACCAUGUUUUAUCCCUCUUUACUCUACCAACAUCAAAUUGAUGCUAGUAGACUUCACCUAGCUCCUCAGAGAAUAAAUGGUGUAUUUUCUGCUGAGGAGUCAGCCAUUGCAUCAGGGGAAUCAAAGUCGAGACAGUCGAGGCAUUCACAGAGGAAUAGAAGCCUUGCUAAUCUUCAUGUAGAUACUUACAUGGGUCCUCAAAUUAACAUGUGGGGAUUGCCGGCAGAAAGGAGUCCACUUGCUCGUAAUUUGACUGAAGAUGACAUUCUUGAAAUGAGUGGAAAGUUAUCAGGUUAUUCACAUCCAAGGGUGUGUGACCUAGUGGCCAAUGAAGUGGGCUGAGAACUAUGAUGUCUCAAGUUCAAAACCCAACAGAGGCAAAAACUAGGUGAUUUCUACCUCAACAGAGUUACCCGGUACCUAUGCCGCCGGUGGAGUCCGCAG